AUGUACACCGAAGCGCAAAUUAAUGAUAUUUUUGAAGCGGUGACAAAGUCAGAGAAUUUCCUGAAAACGGAGAAGUCGUCUAUGACUGCACGAUUACUGGAUCAGAUACACAAAGGCGGAAUUGCAAAUGAAGGUGCUAGAGUAGGACUCCCUUUCAAUUGGCAGAAUUAUAUUAUCAUCUACUCGGUUGGAAUUCCAGAAGCUCUCUGUGCAAAUGUUUUAAUCGAUAUACCAAAUGUAGGAAGGAAAUGGGGAAUGGUCCUUUCAGCUUUUGGAAUGGGAAUUUCAUUAUGUUUAUGUGCAAUUGUAGAUGAUUUAACUACUGAAGUGGCUAUGAACGCAUCGGAAUAUUUUUUCCAAGGAUCAGCAUGUGGAUUAACUUCAACUUUAGGAAGAUUAUCAUCAAUCAUUGCACCAAUUGCAGUCAGUUCAGUCAUAGAUAGAUCAACUAAUACUGUACUUUAUUCAGCUGGUGGUGGUGCUAUUGUGGCUGGUUUAGCUUUACCUGGUUUCCCUUUGGAAACAAGAGGGAGCGGAUAUACUUGUAUGCUUUAA